GCAACUCGAAAUCGUUCUCGUACGUCCAUGUCUUUUCUCCGGCCAUCGAAAUGAUGCCAUCUGUUUAGUGCGUCUUUAUAAAUCAACGACUACGUUACUCUUAGAAAAAACUUCUCUCCCCCUUCCCAUCAAUCUUCUCCAAUUCCAUCUUUUUGGGGGUUUUUUUUUUGUUGGAUCUCUCUUUGCGGAACUUUAGGGGAGGUAAAAAAGGGAUUUUUGAUUGAUUUGGGAGCUCGAGAUUAUCAGUUGAUUCGAGCGAGGUUUUGUAUUGUAUCUAGAAAGUAUCGAUUUUGGGGAGGUUGGUGUGGUCAAUUAGAAGACUUUUGUUGCUUGGUUAUAGUAAUGGAAGACGGCGAGCUUGAUUUCUCGAACCAGGAAGUGUUUUCGAGUUCGGACAUGGGUGAGUUACCGCCUAGCAACUGUUCGAUUGAUAGUUUCUUUGAAGGGCUUCUCAUGGAUUCUCAUCAAGCUGCUUGUACCCACACUCACACCUGUAACCCAACGGGACCAGAGAACACGCAUACCCACACGUGUUUCCAUGUCCACACCAAGAUCCUGCCGGAGGAUAGCGAUGAGAAGGUUUCCACCGAUGACACGGCCGAGUCCUGCGGGAAGAAAGGCGAGAAGAGGCCUUUGGGGAACCGAGAAGCCGUUAGAAAGUAUAGGGAGAAGAAGAAGGCUAAAGCCGCUUCGUUGGAGGAUGAGGUCUCAAGGCUUAGGGCUGUGAAUCAGCAGCUGGUGAAGAGGUUGCAAAGUCAGGCUACCUUGGAAGCUGAGGUCUCGAGGCUCAAGUGUUUGCUUGUUGAUCUAAGAGGAAGAAUAGAUGGGGAGAUUGGAUCUUUCCCUUAUCAGAAACCAAUGGCUGCAAAUAUCCCCUCUUUCUCGCACAUGAUGAAUCCGUGUAACGUACAGUGCGAUGAUGAAGUUUAUUGCCUUCAGAAUGGGUUUGGAGGGAAUAGCCAAGAAGGUGCAUCGAUCAAUGACCAAGGUUUAAGUGGUUGUGAGCUUGACCAGCUACAAUGCAUCGCUAAUCAGAACUUCGUUGGCAAUGGAAACGGAUCAUUCCACAACGCCACUGCGUCUGCCUCUAAUAAGAGAAAAGGUGGGCAUCGUGCACCUAAAGCAGUUUGAGGCAUCAUCAAGAUUGUACCAUCUAAUUCCACCAGGAUAGAUAUUUUUAUUCCAAAUAAGUUGUAGGGUUCAGCUGCAGAAUCAGCUUCACUCAGGUUCCUUUUGCGUUUGCAUUUUUUUGUUUUUUUCUGAUUCUUUUUUGAAUCUCUUCUCCUUCCCUUGUAUUUUCUUGUUGAGUGCCGUACUAUAAGGAUGAUUUGUUAAUACAAACUCAAAUUUUCCGUGUA